GCCUGAGAACAUCAUACGGGCGUGUACCGUACUGUGGUGCUCGCAACUCAUUUGAGGGCCAAGACUUGAUUCUCUCCGUGUUCCUAUGACAAAUAGCGUCCUCUUGUAGUUCGGAAGAAAUGGGACGAAUAUGAGUAUAAUCUCGCAGACAAGGAUUCGAUCAUGUGGGAUGAUGGUGUCGUUGUUCCCCACCCACCUAUCAGGAGGUCUCUGAAAAUCACUAAAGCAGCUCUCUAGAAGUGGCGGCUGGUGACCGGAAACCAAAUAUCGCAUAUUGUACAGCGGGACAUCUGGAACGCCGCUUCUGCAUCACGACCUCUGCCACAGGGGAGUUAAUGAUUGUAUCAAUGAAGCUAGAUGACGCGGAUCCCGCGGAUCAUGCAGCAGCAUCCUUCCGUCCACAGAAGGCCGGUAUCAUCGCAUACCAGCUCUGGCAAGUGCAGAAGUUGCGUCAAAACAUCUGGAAAGAAUAUCUAUACCACUGGGAAGCAACUGCGUCAGAGACUUGGGCAGGAUGGCCUGUUGACGCUAUCAUCUGUCGGGUCGCACCAUUUUCGGCACCUCCUCAUGGGAAGCACGGGCACGCCGACUACACCGUUUGGAAUGUGCUCGACUAUCCCGCUGCAAUUUUUCCUGUGACUGCUGUCGACUCAAUUGUCGAUGGGCUUGAAGGAGCCUCGUCAUGGUUUCUAUGACGUUUCGAUAAACACAUUUACGAAAUGUAUCACCCGGAGAAAUUCAAGGACGCUCCUAUUUGUUUGCGACUUGUCGGCUGGGCUCUGGAGGAAGAGGCAGUCAUACUAAAAUGACAGAAAUUGUCGAUGCGGCGCUGGCAGCCACCAAACAAGUCCAAGGUAUACCUUUCGAAACAGAGCGGCUACAGACUAGAAAUGGAAUCUAUAAGAUCCUCCGCUACAAAGUACUUGGUAGUUUGACUGUUGAAUCCCGAUCGAGGACGAGUUGACCAGUCCUUGUUGUAGUAGUUCCCGAUAGCGGGUUCGAGCUGGCAUUGGCUUUACUUCGCAAGGUGACAUUUUGUUCCAAGCCAAAUUGCCAAUAGACCUUGC